AACUUUAGACCAUCAAUGGAAGGCCUCAAAAUACCCUUCUUGCUUUCCUCUUUAUUUUCCAUUUUAAUAAUCUCCAACGCAGUAGACACCAUAACCAAAACUCAAUCUAUAACAGGCAACAAUACCAUUGUUUCAUCUGGUGGGAGCUUUGAGAUGGGUUUUUUCAGACCUGGCAAUUCCCAGAAUCAAUACCUGGGAAUAUGGUACAAGAAAAUAUCUGUCAAGACUGUUGUAUGGGUUGCCAACAGAGAAAUCCCACUCAUCAAUUCGUCAGGCGUCUUAACGAUUAUCGACCCUGGAAUUCUCGCCCUCAUCAAUGGUACCGGCACUGUCAUUUGGUCUGUCAAUGUGACAGGAUCCACACAGAAGCCGAUUGCACAACUUUUGGACUCUGGAAAUCUAGUUUUGAAAGAUGCCAAUGAUAAGUCCGAGCAUUUUCUUUGGCAAAGUUUUGAUUAUCCAUGUGAUACUCAUUUACCAGGCAUGAAGCUUGGAAAGAACUUUGAAACGGGCCUAGAGCGCCACCUCUCCUCCUGGAAGAGCCGCGAUGAUCCAGCUCGAGGUGAGUUUACAUACCGAUGUGAUCCUCAAGGAUACCCACAAAAUAUUCUGAGCAGUGGCUAUGUUGACGUGUUCCGAACUGGGCCAUGGAAUGGAAUUGGAUUCAGUGGGAGACCAAACCUCAAACCUAAUCCGUUCUACACAUAUGGAUUGGUUUACUCUAAGGAGGAGGUGUAUUAUCAUUAUGAACUCCCCAGCCCAGUUGUUUCAAAGUAUGAUGUGAGCUAUGAUGGCAUUGUGCGGCGCUGGAUAUGGGUUGAUCAAAAGCAGAAAUGGGACGUGUACCAGUCUUUCCCACAAGAUAACUGUGAUAUUUAUAAACUGUGUGGUCCGAAUGGUAACUGUAACAUUGGAAACUCACCGGCAUGUGGUUGUUUGAGUAAAUUUGUGCCCCAGAACGAAACGGAAUGGAGAAAUGGAGAUUAUUCUAAUGGGUGUGUUCGGAGCACACCGUUGAAUUGCAGUAAAGGAGAUGGGUUUCUCAAGUAUUCACGAUAUAAAAUGCCAGACACACGGAACUCCUGGUUUGAUAGGAACAUGACCCUAAAGGAAUGCGAGAUGGAGUGCUUUAAAAAUUGCUCUUGUACGGCUUACACAAAUUUAGACAUAACAGAUGGAAGCGGCUGCUUGCUUUGGUUUAAUGAGUUGAUUGAUAUGAGAGAGUUCAGUCAAGAUGGGCCAGACAUUUACAUAAGGAUGGCUUCCUCUGAGUUAGUCCGACAAGUCGGCUCCAAUGGCAAGAAAAGAGAGAUAGUGGCAGUGACCUUAGCAUUUUUAAUUGGAUUUCUUCUGCUGGGUAUAAGCCUGAUCGUGUAUCUCCAAAAAAUGAAAAGGAAGAAUUCACAGGUGAACAGAGAAGGAAUUCUAAUGCACAACUUUGAACAAGGUUACACCGACCAAAGCCAAAAAGAAGAUCUAGAGUUGCCAUUGUUUGGCUUAGCUAUAAUAGCUAAUUCCACACAUAACUUUUCAAUCAACAAUAAGCUAGGAGAGGGUGGAUUCGGACCUGUUUACAAGGGUAUACUGGAAGGAGGACAAGAAAUAGCUGUGAAGCGGUUAUCAAAGAAUUCUAGCCAAGGACUUGAUGAGUUCAAGAAUGAAGUUAUCUGUAUUGCCAAACUUCAACACCGAAAUCUCGUGAAGCUUCUAGGAUGCUGCAUUCAAGGAGAAGAAACAAUGUUAAUCUAUGAAUACAUGCCCAACAAAAGCCUAGACUAUUUUAUAUUUGAUCAAACUGGAAGCACAUUGUUGGAUUGGCCAAAGCGCUUCCACAUUAUUAAUGGGAUUGCACGGGGGCUUCUUUAUCUUCAUCAAGAUUCUAGGUUGAGAAUUAUUCACAGAGAUCUUAAAGCUAGCAAUAUUUUGCUAGAUAUUGCCAUGACUCCAAAAAUAUCAGAUUUUGGAAUAGCUAGAAGUUUUGGAGAAAAUGAGACAGAAGCAAAUACAAAUAAAGUGGUUGGAACAUACGGCUACAUUUCUCCAGAGUAUGCAACAGAUGGGCUAUUUUCGGUAAAAUCAGAUGUAUUCAGCUUUGGCGUUUUGGUGCUAGAGAUUGUGAGUGGCAAGAAAAACAAGGGUUUCUAUCAUUCAGGUCACCGCCUCAACCUCCUUGGCCAUGCAUGGAGUCUCUAUAAAGAAGGCAAGUCGUUGCAAUUGAUUGAUGACGCUGUAUGGGAGUCGUGCUACCUAACUGAAGUGUUGCGAUCAAUCCAUGUGGGUCUUUUAUGUGUGCAAGAAAGUCCAGAGGAUAGGCCAAGCAUGUCAUCCGUGGUUGUGAUGUUAAGCAGUGAAGGUGCAUUGCCUCAAGCCAAACAACCUGGCUUCUUCACUGAAAGGAAUGUUCUCAAGGCUGGUUUCGAGGAAACAACAAUUAUGGCCAAUGAAAUCACCGUUACUAUGUUUAAUGGUCGAUAGAAAUUAUACCAUGUACAAGGUGAAUGCUUAAUCAUUGUUUCUAGUUACAACAAGUGUAUUUUAUACAUAAUGACAUGAUGGGACAUGCCAAUGGUAUCUCCAUUCGCUGGUAUUCUCAUUAUUAUCUUUAAAGGUGGACUCCACCGAAAUAACAUGUACUUUUUUCUAUACAUAAAUUUGCCCCAUCAAUUUGUAUAAAU